UCGACCGGAUCCUGUGUUUACCCGUCCAGAGGAGGAGGAGAACAAACCCGCAGCCACAUCAGCAGCAGAGAGGAGCACAGGGGAUAAUGCCCUUAGCCCGCCCUGGGAGCUCGAGGGACUCGGACGUUCCCCGCAGGAACAUGCACUUCAGGAGCGGUCCCCCUCUUCUGCUGUUGCUGCUGCCCCUUUGUCUGCUGGGGAGCGUGGUGGAGGUGAAAGGGCAGGAGUGGGGGUACCUGCAGGAGGCCCUCGAGGCCCUGGGUCUUCCCCAGGGGACGGAUGACAGACCCCAGCUCCAGAGGAACAAAACCGGGGUCCUGAUCUCCAUGCUUCUACAGGCGGUGCACUGUGCAGAGCAGACAGGCACCUCUCAAGACAACUGCGACGAGUGCCUGACACCGGAGGUAGCCCUCUCUGCGCUAGAGGAUGAUGGGAAAUCUUACCUCACGGAGGACGACUACCAGCGGAUCUCCACUGUUCUGCUGUACUACAUCAUCAACCUGCAAGACCUGUGUGUGUCAGACGCCGCCUCCUCUUCCUCCCUUUCCUCCCCCUCCUCGUCAUCUGGGAACUAUCAGUUCUACCUCCUGGCCCUCACCAAUCUACACCCCACUGAGGACGACCAGUUCCUGUCACUCAGUGAAACCGAGAGUAUUCUGCAGGUCAUCAACCAGCACUACCACCCCUCCAACCUGCAAGACGCCUCCUUGGAUAUGCAAUGCAUCGAUGCCGCUCAUCUUCUCCAAGAUGUUGACGUGAAAGAAAACCCAGGUGCUGAUGAGUCCUCUGUGCCCAGAGUGGCUGCAGCCAUUAUCAGCCACAUCCUGCAGGGCCACUGCUUCAGACGGAGGAAUCUCCCAUCACCAGCCUUCUUCACCGACUAUAUCUUUCAAUCCCUGAAUCGCACAAGCAACCUGCAGAUCCCAGACCUGGAGGAGUUGCUGCAUCAGCUGGGAUUGGGCAGGGAGGGAGCAUCUCUCUCUCACGGCAGGAAGAGGCGGAGCAUCGCAGGAGGAGCCAAGCAUCAGGUGGACGGAUGUGACCAUGAAACUGGAGCAAUAACCAGAGACUGGACUGAGAUGUGUUUUUCAGCCAAUCAGCUGGUGGAUAUUUUUGCCCUGGAUCCUCAUUCGCCGAUUUCCAAGGAGCACUUCACACAGAUUUGCCCGGCCAUUAUUCAGCAGUUGCUAGGCGAUGCCUGUGAGUCUGCAGAGCCAGAAACCAGAGGAUCACUGCCGACUGCUCUGGAGAAGUACGGCUACAGCACGGCUGCCGUCCUGCUCAUCACGGUGGGCUCCAUGCUCGGCAUCUGCCUGAUCUUCUUCAACUCCUGCCAGGAGACGUACACGCUCAUCCUGCAGCUGUUCGUGGGCCUGGCGGUGGGAACCCUGUCAGGAGACGCUCUGCUGCACCUCAUCCCACAGAUUCUGGGCCUCCAUGGCCACACUCACAGCGGUGAUGACGAGCAACACACCGAAGGGAAGGAGUAUCUGUGGAAGAUUCUGGGCAUGAUCGCUGGGAUUUAUGGCUUUUUCCUUAUUGAAAGAAUGUUCUCCUUUAUAUUUCCUGCUCAUGGCCACGGUCAUUCCAGUGACCUCCCCCUGGAGCUCAACUGUAAUGGUCAGUCACAGAGAGGCAAGUCCAUCUCCACCAUACAGCUGGGACCAGUGGACGACUUGGAGUGUACGGAAAUAUCUCCUGAGCAUGCAGACACGAGGAGGCCUUCACAUCAGAGACAGGGGGUUUCUCGGCUGGCCGUGAUGGUAAUUGUGGGAGACAGCCUCCACAACUUUGCCGAUGGCCUGGUCGUCGGGGCGGCCUUCUCCUUUUCAGCCGAGACUGGAAUGGCGACCACCGUGGCCAUCCUGUGCCACGAGAUCCCGCACGAGAUGGGGGAUUUUGCCGUGCUGCUCAGCUCUGGACUCUCGGUGAAGACGGCCAUGCUCAUGAACCUCCUCAGCGCCCUGACGGCCUUCAUCGGCCUCUACAUUGGACUCUUCGUUUCCACAGAGGCAGAUGUGCAGCAGUGGAUCUUCGCCGUCACUGCAGGGAUUUUCCUCUACCUGUCACUGGUGGAAAUGCUUCCAGAGAUGAGUCGGGUGAAGACGGACAGACCGUGUCUCCUGUUUUUCCUGCAGAACCUGGGUCUGUUGAUGGGUUGGUCCUGUCUCCUGCUGCUCGCGCUCUAUGAACAUGAACUCAAAUUUUAAAAUGCACACAGAGCAAGGCAUCUCUUCAUGCAGGGUUUGAAGCGAAAUAACUUGAGACUUGAUUUUUUGUGUUUUGGAAUCACUAUUUAAAAUAAGCUGUUGAUUAUUAUCUGCUGCUGUGCACAACAACUGUUUGUGCAAGUGUUAGCUUGUGGUUCCAGUAAUUAUCGGUGAGCACAGUAAAAAAUGUG